UCCGAUAGCUUCAAGAAAAUUCACUUCUUUAUUGAUGUAAACAAAUACAUAGUUUGAAAUAAUCGCAGAACGAAAAGAAAAUUUAAAAAGGUGAUGUAUAAAAAAAGCGUUGAUAAACAAACAAUCGAAUAUACGCACACAGUCGUACCUGCAUCAAUGCGUAGUCCUUAUUGGAAAUAUUUCGGGUUUCCUUCAAAUAAUGCUAACAAAAUAUUAACACGGCAGAAGAUUAUAUGCACUAUAUGUGGUACCGCUAUCACAUACAAUAAAAAUACAUCAAAUUUACGAACACAUCUUAUAGCUCGACAUCCGCAAAAACUGCAUGAAAUCCAUCAUAGUCAGCGCAAAAAGAGCACAGAUUUGUCUGUCAGUAGUAACUCGGGUUGUAAUGGUGAAAGCGAUGGUGCUUUAGCUGAUGAUGUAAACGAAAAGGAUGACGAAGCAUUCAAAUCGCUUAAACGAUUUCCAAUUAAACAUUCUAUUAGCGCACAAAUCACACGACUGAACGCUAUCCCUCGAGAGUCUCAUGAAAUAGAAUUAUUCAAUCCCCAACACCAAGGUAGAGUAGAUUCCGUUGUUGUCGGAAAUUGUAGGCUGGAAUGUGAUUAUGAACAACAAAAUACACUUCCCAAAACAAAGCAUUUGCAGACUAGAAAAAUCCGUAACUACGGUGGUGGCAGUAUGCAGAAAAAUAUUGCUCAAAAAGCUAGCACUUAUGAAUUACUCAGUUCGGAUACUAUCAAUGAUUUGCCAAAUGCGCAAGAUGCUAAUCCCAACUGCGAUAAAAACUUCAAUGUUGGGAAUAUUGAAAAUGAAGUGGAUGAGCUGUCAGAAAACGAUUCAGUAGCACCAGAGAGUGAAAUUACUCAGAAAUCAAUGUUCGACUAUUGCAGCGAUUCUUCAUCAUGCGCCAUUGGGGUUGUAGAUAAGUCAAAUUAUGAAAUAUAUCAAGAAACUUCCAACAAGGAAUUACUUGCAAAUAUGUUGAUAAACGAUCUGCUGCCAAUUAAUUUGUUGCAUGGACUUGGAUUUAGACAAUUACUCAGUUCCACUGGCUUUGCUAAUGUGAAUAACGAUGCCGUGGAACGAAAAAUACUAACAGAGUACAAACAAAUGAAAUACACUCUUAACAAAUAUAUUGAUAUCAAUUUAUUACGUCCAAAUAAACCAUACUCUUUUAGUAUAGAAAACUUUAUAAAUUAUGAGGACAAGAACAUAUUGAGUAUUUACGUCAAUUUCGUUUCCAAUACUGAGUGCAAGUUGGAAAGCAUAUUAUUAGAAGAAAUUGUUUGCACCAAGAAUCUAGAUUUACAGCAUACACUGCAAGCGUUUAAUUUGAAUCUCUGUGCAGCUAUUGUAACUAACGAUGAAAAUAAUUCAUUAAUUCAGGAUUUUGCCCUAGCAAAUAGUAUUACAGUAAUUUCUUGUUUGGACGCAAUGCUAACGCGAUGUCUCAGCAUAAUAUUUAACCAGGAUACACUUUUGGAGAUCUUCAAUAUGAUAUAUAAACUAAGUGAGCAAUUAAAUUUAACUGAAGUGCAGACACAAUGUCCAUGGUCGAAACUGAAAUGUCUUCAAGAAUUCAUGGAUAGCCCCCUAGCCUGCGAUCUGCAAUGCUACAACGAAAUUAUAUUUCAACUGGAACCAUUCAUGUCAUACAUUAAUCCCCUUAAGAUCGCUUUUGAUACGAUCAACUCGGAGCAGAUACCACUUUGCACUAUUGUACGCCCAUUGAUUAUGAAACUAUUCGAUGAACAUUUUUUAAUCUUUAAUACCGACGGCAAUGCACUUACACAGGCAGCACAAAAAGUGAUCAACACAGAAUUACACGAUAGCAUCGCUAAAUGCUCUUACUAUUCUGAAGCGGUGUUUUUUGAUGCGCGAUUUCAACACGACUUUAUUCUAGCUGAUAUACACACAAUGCCAGAGCAAAAGCUAGGCGGCUCUUUCGGCAGUAUUGUUCGUUCGGAAAUAAAAGCUGCUAUUUGCCACCGUUUUCAACAUCGUAUACUAGAGCCAAGUUUUAAAAAAAGACUUGAACAAAAUGAGCAAACAGUGCCAAAAUCAGGCCUGCGCUCAUUCUUCCAACGUAUAAACGAUGUUGCGAGUUCUUCAAAUCGCAAAAAUUCCAACAGCACAUCUUCAGAGCAAUCGCAACCGAAGCAAAGCAUCGAUUUGGAAUUCGACCGGUAUAAAUGCGAACCAACUUUAGAUUUGGAACAAUGCCCGAUAACAUGGUGGAAAUUACGCUCACAUCAAUUUAAAUCGCUUAGUAAAAUUGCCAAUUAUUAUAUAUGUGUGCCAUGUUAUACACCACGGUGGACGAUGAACUUACAAGGAGAGGUGGAGAUUAUUGAUAGAAACAUAUGGUGGCGAAAAAGAAGGGCUCUUCAGCAUCAACAUCCAGUAGAGAAGUGUUUAUGGUAUUUGCGUUACAAUCACCCCUUUUAUAAUAAAAUUAAAUAAAAAAUAA